AUGUCGCCAACCAGCUGGCUGCCCAUCCCACACGGAUCCCAUUUCAGCAUUGCCAACAUUCCGUUUGGCAUAAUAUCUACUGCUCGUUCCCAAACCCCCCGCCCCGCAGUGGCAAUUGGCGAUUUCGUACUGGACCUGUGCGUCUUUGCUCUCAGUGAUGGAUUCCGUGGGCUGGAAUCUACGGCCUUGGACAUAUCUAUCUUCAACGAGAAGACCCUGAACAGAUUUGCCUCAUUGGGUCGCGGCGUGCACCGAGAGGUCCGCGAGUACCUUCAAUCGGUUUUCAGACAGAACACGCCGAUUCCUCACGUUCUGAAAGACGACAUCAACCUGCGCCAGCAGGCAUUGCUCCCUCGAGAGACCGUCAAGAACCACACCCCUCUGCAGAUCGGAACUUAUACGGACUUCUUCGCCGGGAAGCAUCAUGCUGAGAACUGUGGCAUUAUCUUUCGUGGCCCGUCAAACGCCCUUCAACCAAACUACCUCCAUCUCCCCGUUGGCUAUCAUUCCCGUGCAUCGUCCGUCGUUGUGUCCGGGACCCCCGUUCGCAGGCCCAAGGGACAAAUUCUACUGCAGAGAUCCGGCUCUCCAGUGCUUGCAGCAAGUCAGCGUCUCGACAUCGAACUCGAAUUAGGUGCCUUUCUAUGCAACUCGAACCCUCUGGGAGAGCCUAUUGAUCUUGACAAGGCGGAUGACUACAUAUUCGGCUAUGUUCUCCUAAACGACUGGUCUGCGAGAGACAUUCAGGCCUGGGAAGCUGCUCCGCUUGGUCCCUUCAACGCCAAAAGCUUCUGUUCUACCAUUAGCCCGUGGGUAGUCCUCCCCGAGGCACUGCAACCAUUUCGGUGUGCUCCCAUCCCAAAUGAAACCAGCCUUCUUCCGUAUUUGAGGGAACGCCGAACCGAUUCUGUGUUUGGGAUUGAGUUGGAUGUCUCUAUUAUCAGCAAGGAAGGAAGGCGGACCGUUCUAUCACAAACAACAAGUAGCAACCUUAUUUAUUCCUUCCCUCAGAUGAUUGCCCAUCAUACAAUCGGUGGGUGCCCACUUGAGGUUGGGGACUUGCUGGGUUCAGGAACGAUAAGUGGGACCAAACCAGGGACACUGGGUAGUUUGCUGGAGAUGACACAAGGCGGGAAAAGAAUGGUUCAACUCGCCGACGGAGAGGAGCGUUGUUUUCUUGACGAUGGGGAUUCCGUGGUGAUAGAAGGGAGGUGUGGCAGUGGUGAUCAAGAUGGCAUUGUUGGCUUUGGAGAGUGCUCUGGAACCAUUAUUCCUUCAAUUCUCUAG